UCGGCUUAUAAACCCAGCGUCGAGGGUCAUAUCAGAAUUAUUUUAAUACAUCACACAUCAACAGGAUAAUCAUCAUCUCCAUCAGCAGCCAUGUUCUCCCGUUCUCUCCUGCUGCUUCUGCUGGGUCUUUCCUGCCUUCAGAGCUUCACAAUGGCACAGAAUGCAAACGGAGCAGGAUUGUGCUGUUUCGAGUUUCACAAAAAAGCGUUCCCUGCAGCGAAUGUUGUCACUUACAAAGAAACCAGAUCCGACUGUACACUUCCUGGAGUCAUUUUGACCACAAAGAAGGGAUUUCAAUUCUGUGUAGAUCCUGAGGUGGACUGGGUGCAGCAGAUCAUGAAGAUUAAACCCUCAGCCUAGACUCAGAAGACAGAUUAAAGCGCCUCUCCAUGAAAUUAGCUUCACUUUGCAGAAUGCUUCAAUUUACCUACACUUGACUUAAAGCAGUUUGAUACUGUGUGUAACAAGACAAAGCUUUUUCUUCAGUCUGUUUUAUCUUCUAGACAAAUAAAGCCCACAUUUAUAACUCA